AUGGCAGAAACUUUUGCAACAGACAUUGCCAAGUCCCUUUUACGGAAGCUAGGCUCUUUUGCAGCUCGACAAUUUUGUUUGGCAUGGGGACUGGAAGGUGGCCUUGCACGUCUUGAAGAGAUAUUGUCAGCCAUCAAUGCGGUUCUGUCGGAUGCCGAGAGGAAACAAUCACAAAAUGACAGCAUUAGGUUUUGGCUCCAGAAGCUGAAAGAAGUCUUGUAUGAUGCGGAGGACGUGCUGGAUGAAUUGGAGUGUGAAACUUUGCGAAGGCAGGUGGUGAAAACUAAAGAGAGCAUCAGCAGAAAGGUACGAAGCUUCUUUUCAAGUUCUAAUGUGAUUGUAUUCUGGUUAAGAAUGAGUCAUAAAAUAAAUGAUCUCAUCGACAGGCUGGUUGAGAUUGCAUCUCUUCAGCCUGACUGUAACCUCAACGAGCAGGCUAUUGAUUAUAGUCAUGUCUUGCAUGAGGAAACAGAGAUGAGACCAUCCUUUGAGAGCUUUUCCGGUCUUAUCGGAAGAGACAAAGACAAAGAACCUCUUCCCAUGUCACCAAAUAAAUUACAUCGUGUGCGAUCAGUUCUCUUUGAUGGUAGUGAUAUAGAGGAGCCUAGAUGCAAAACAGACUGUGGGAAAUGUUUGAUUGAAUUUAAGCGUGUGCGGUCGUUGGAAUUAUUGGAUGGUUGUGAAUUGCUUCCAGAAAGGAUUGGUGCCCUGAAGCAUUUGAGAUAUUUUAAUUUGGUUCGGAAUUCAAAAUUGAAAAGAUUACCAAAAUCUGUUUUCAAAUUACAAAAUCUGCAAGCUUUGCUUCUAGGUUAUGGAUUUGAAGAGCUGCCCGAAGAUGUGAGGUACAUGAUCAGUCUUAGAUUUUUAUUUCUAAUUACUAAGCAGAAGCGGUUGCCAGAAGGUGGGAUUGGGUGCUUGAAAUGUCUUCAAGUUUUAUUCAUCAGUAUGUGUGAUGAUCUUGAAUAUUUGUGCGAAGAUAUGCAAGGUCUUAAAAGCCUUCGAAAAUUAGGUAUUGUUGGAUGCAAAAGCUUGAUCUCUUUGCCACGAAGCAUGAAAUACCUAACUGCACUAGAGUUUUUGGGCAUUGUCGAUUGUGAAAAGCUUGAUUUGGCGACAAUGGAGGAAGAGCACGAGAAAGAAAUCAAACCACUUCGCCUUCAGACUGUAAUAUUUGCAGAGUUACCAGCAACACUAGCAUUACCGAAACAGAUUCUUCAAGGAUCUGCAGACACCUUACAAACAUUUAUGAUUGGAGACUGUCCAAACAUUAGAGAAUUGCCAGAGUGCAUCAGCAAUCUAAAGCAGCUUCAAAACCUUGAGAUCAAAAGUUGCCCAACUUUGAGCCAAAGGUGCCAAAGGGAAACAGGAGAAGAUUGGCCCAAGAUCGCUCAUAUCCCUAAAAUUGAUGUUGACGAUUAUGACAACGAUGAAGAAACAUCUAAUUAG